UACAGUGUAAAAUGUCAGUCUUUUAGGUUAUAUUUAUUUACCAGACACACGUCGCGUUGACAUUCUGCAGAAUGGAAGACGAUACCUGUUCAAAACGUCCACAAUUCGGUAAUCGAUUGUUAAAUGAUGAUGACAAUGUGUUCGAGCAUAAUGCGUGGGACAAUGUAGUCUGGGACGAUGAACAAGAGCAGCAAGCACGAGAAAAUGUGGAUAAAAACUCGACCGUCACCCUUACGGAUGCCGAAUUGUUGAAGUACGAUGAGGAAGCGGAUAGGUAUUGGGACUGCUUCUACGACAAACAUCAAAAUAAGUUUUUCAAAGACCGACACUGGCUAUUCACUGAAUUCCCAGAAUUGGCUCCAAACGCUGCUAAUGUACAACGGGUGUUUCCAAAUACUUCAACAGACCAGGAAUCGGCUAGUUCAUGUAGCUUGCCUCAAGAGACUUUGCCUAAUCAAAAACGUGCAAUAUUCGAAAUUGGAUGUGGUGUUGGCAACACAAUCAUACCAAUACUGAAAUAUAGUACGGAACAGUCACUGCAAGUUUAUGGUUGUGACUUCUCGUCAAAUGCUAUCAAUAUUUUGAGGCAACAUGAAGACUAUGAUCCUAAACGAUGUGAUGUAUUUGUUUUAGAUGCGACAGCUGAUGAGUGGAAUGUUCCGUUUGACGAGAAUAGCAUAGACGUUAUUGUUCUCAUUUUCGUACUGUCUAGCGUACAUCCAGAUAAGAUGCAGCACGUUGCCAAUCAAUGUUUUAAAUAUUUGAAGCCUGGAGGAAUUGUAGUUCUUCGGGACUACGGACGUUAUGACUUGGCCCAGUUACGAUUUAAACCGGGAAAAUGUUUGCAAGAAAAUUUUUAUGUUCGCGGCGAUGGGACAAGGGUUUAUUUCUUUACUCAAGAUGAACUUCGCCACCUCUUCGAAUCAGCUGGCCUCACAGAACAGCAAAACAUUGUCGAUCGUCGAUUGCAGGUGAACCGUGGAAAAAUGUUGAAAAUGUACCGUGUGUGGGUUCAAACAAAGUAUUGUAAAAAGUGUUAAAACAAAAACCGCAAUAAAAACAAAAAGUUAGCAAAAA